AGCAACGAUAAACUUAACGGAAAAGAAGACGGUAUAUUAACGGAAAUGUUGGAGAGUUUGUUUGGAAGAAACGACGCCGUUUCGAAACCCGUUGUGGUUGAGAUCUCGUCGUUCCAGUCUCUAUGUGCGUUGCUUUGGCGUGCGAUCACUCGUGCGAGGAAGCUUCCGAGUUCAAAAACGACUACGUUUCGUAUGGCUGUAAAUUGUCGCCACCGGUUAAGUCCUAAGUUGAAUCCGGAGUAUUUCGGAAACGCGAUUCAGAGCGUUCCGACGUUUGCGACUGCGGGGGAGGUUUUGUCUCGUGAUCUUAAAUGGUGCGCCGAUCAGCUUAACCAGAGUGUUGCGGCUCAUCAAGACGGGAGGAUUCGUAGCGUUGUGGCGGAUUGGGAAGCGAAUCCUCGGUGUUUUCCUCUUGGAAAUUCUGACGGAGCUUCGGUUACUAUGGGAAGCUCGCCGAGGUUUCCGAUGUAUGAUAAUGAUUUUGGGUGGGGAAGACCGGUGGCGGUUAGAAGCGGACGGUCGAAUAAGUUUGACGGGAAGAUUUCGGCGUUUCCGGGUAGGGAAGGAAACGGAACCGUAGAUUUGGAAGUGGUUUUAUCGCCGGAGACUAUGGCUGGGAUUGAAUCUGACAGUGAGUUUAUGCGAUACGUGACUAAAAAGUAACGGAGUUUAUGGAUUAAUAACGUUAACUAUCGCCGGAGACUAUGGCUGGGAUUUGUCUCUGUUUUUUCUUUUUCUUAAGAACUUAACGAUGUAAUAUUAUUGUAAUGUGACUUUGUAAGUUGACCCCUAAAAAAAAUGUUAUACAUUUUGCUACUAUGAGACUCUUGCGUUAAAAA